AUGGAGCAGAGCUGCGCCCCGGGAGGUCGCGAGGUCCCCUGGCUCAAGCUCGUGGGGCUCGGGCGCAGGUUCCUCGCCCAGGACUCCUUCGUCGCCGGCGCGCGCCAGGCGGCGGCCGCGGCGAUCCGGCGGCCCCGGGGCGUCGACGACGACGAGGAGGACCAGGCCUCCUCCUCGUCCCCCGCGGGCUCGUCGCCGCCCGACGCGCGGCGGACGCUGGGCGAGCGCGCCGAGGCGGAGCUGCUGCGCCUCUUCGCGCGGCGGACGUUCCCCCGGGAGCCGCGCGGGCGCACCAUGGCCGAGUGGCUCGCGGCGUCGCCGCCGCCGCGGCCGCGCGCGCGGCCGCCGCCGCCCGCGGUCGGCGGCGUCGACCUCGAGGCCUACGCGCCGCCCGCGGCCUCCGGCGCCGCCCCCUACGACCAUCGCCGCGGCGACGACGGCGUCCGGCGCGUCGCGCCGCCGGAAGGCCUCGGCGACUGGGAGGGCGACUCGGAAGCCGGCGACGGCGGCGACGACGGCGCGCCGCCGCAGGGCCUGCUCGACGCCGUUCCGCCGCCCCUGCUGGCGCUCGCCGUCGAGUUCGCCGGCGCGGUGGCCGCGUGCCGCGUGGAGGCCGCCGCGCGGCGCUUCCGGGAUUUGGGGCGCCGGUGCCGCGUCGCCGCGGACCUGUCCUACGUCCCCGGCCUCGUGCUCGACUUCGAGGGCCUCGAGCGCGUCGGGCGCAAGUUCCGGAUCACGGGCGCGGCCCUCGCGCUGCGGGCGCGGGACGUGGACCGCCUCGCGGCCGUCGGGGCAGGAAAAGAGAGCGACAUUCCCAACUUCAAAGGCUCCUGUCUCGGCCGUUUUCCACUCGCGGCCGUCGCGCCGUACCUCGAGACGCUCCACGUGUCGCGGUCUCUACUCUCCGACCUCAAGCCGCUGGCCGCGCUGCCGCGCCUGCGCACCGUGCGCGUCGAGGCCUGCCGCAAGCUCCAGGGGACGCUGGAGCCGCUGCUGGGGUGCAAGGAACUGCGGGAGGUCGACCUGCGGCGCGCGGCCGUCACGGGCAGCCUGUGGCCCCUCGCGGGGCUGCCAUUGCUCAAGUCGCUGUCGCUCCUCUCGUGCUGGGAGCUCGACGGGUCCCUCUACCCGCUCCACGCGUCGAAAAACCUCGUCCACGUCGAUUUGUACUCGUGCCGCCACGUGACGGGCACGCUCGAGCACGUCGGCGCGCUCGCGAAGCUGGAGACGCUCAAGCUCCGCGAGUGCCACGCGCUCGGCGGCACGCUCGAGCCCCUGGAGCGCCUCGCGAGGCUGCGGCACCUCGACCUCUCCUGCUGCUACGAGAUCUCCGGGACGCUCGCGCCCGUCUCGAAGCUCGCGAACCUCGAGGUGUUGAACCUCCACUGCUGCUACCUCCUCCGCGGGCCCCGGAACCACGUCAACGGCCUCGCGAAGCUCAAAAGCCUGAACCUGCUGGGCUGCAGCAAGCUCACGGGCCACGCCAUCUACCCGCGCGCGGAGCGGGGGGACGACGCGCACUGGGGCGGCAUGUGA